AUGGCUGAGAAAACCAAGAUUUUGAUCAUUGGAGGAACUGGGUACAUUGGCAAAUUCAUAGUGGAAGCAAGUGCAAAAUCUGGACACCCCACUUUUGCUCUGGCUAGGGAGAGUACAAAAUCUGAUCCUGUUAAAGGAAAAAUCAUUCAGGGCUUCGAGAACUCAGGUGUCACCAUACUCACGGGCGAUUUAUAUGAUCAUGAGAGCUUGGUGAAAGCUAUAAAGCAGGUGGAUGUUGUUAUCUCAACUGUUGGUCAACUUCAAUUAGCUGAUCAAGUUAAGAUCAUUGCUGCGAUUAAAGAAGCUGGAAAUGUUAAGAGAUUCUUUCCAUCGGAGUUUGGAACUGACGUAGAUCGAUGUCACGCUGUGGAGCCAGCCAAGUCUUCGUUCGAGAUCAAGUCCCAAAUUCGCAGAGCCAUCGAGGCAGAAGGAAUUCCUUACACCUUUGUGUCAGCUAACUACUUUGCAGGCUAUUCCCUUCCAACACUGGUGCAGCCAGAAGUCACUGCUCCACCCAGAGAUAAAGUCAUUAUCUUAGGCGAUGGAAAUGCCAAAGCUGUUUUCAAUGAGGAAAACGACAUUGGCACGUACACCAUCAAAGCUGUAGAUGAUCCAAGAACAUUGAACAAAAUCCUCUACAUCAAGCCUCCUAAAAACAUAUAUUCAUUCAAUGAACUCGUUGCUUUGUGGGAGAAGAAGAUUGGUAAAACCCUGGAGAAAAUUUAUGUACCAGAGGAACAAGUUCUCAAACAGAUUCAAGAAUCUCCUUUUCCCAUCAAUAUUGUAAUGGCAAUCAACCACUCAGCAUUUGUGAAGGGUGAUCUGACUAAUAUUAAAAUUGAACCAUCUUUUGGAGUUGAAGCUUCAGAGCUUUAUCCAGAUGUUAAAUACACCACUGUGGAUGAGUACCUUGACCAAUUUGUUUAA